GAAAGCAAAAGCAGUAAGGACCCAUCAAAUAAAAGAAGAAAGGAAGGACUCAGGAAUUGCUAAUGCUUUUCCUCUAACAAUCAAUCAUUAGCUGCUUCACCAUCAUUCUUAUUAUUAUAAUUAUCCACCAAUUAUUGUUAAUUUACCAAACUAUAUCCCCAACCCCAAAUCAAUCAAAAUUUCAUUUUUAUUAGAGAAGAAGAAGCCAUGGCCGAUGCAGGUCAAGGCGAAGUAGUAUACACAACUAAAACCCUAAUAUGGAAUUCAGUAUUAAACUGGUUUGGUUUUUUAUUGGAGAUCUUUAUUCAGAUCCCUUUAGUUACUACUCAACUUCUUUCAUUUAUUGGUAUUCAUUAUCCAAUUCCUGCACUUUCUUCUUCUACUUCUUUUAAACCCUUGCCUGUUGUAGAACUCCCAAUUCUUCGUUCUUCUGCUCCUGCUGCCGAUGUUGCGGAUGAGGAUGACGAUCGUCAUCAUCACAUUGAGAAGCUCACGUUAGUUCUUGAUUUGGAUGAGACAUUAAUAUGUGCAUACGAAACGUCUAGCCUGCCUGCAGCUCUUCGUAAUCAAGCUAUAGAAGCUGGCUUGAGUUGGUUUGAGUUCGAAUGCAUGUCUUCGGACAAGGAAACUAAUGGAAAACCUAAGGUGAAUCAAGUUACGGUAUUUGAGCGUCCGGGUUUAAACGAGUUCUUAAAACGGGCUAGUGAAUUUGCUGACCUUGUGCUUUUUACUGCUGGUCUCGAAGGUUAUGCUAGACCGUUUGUUGAUAGGAUAGAUAGUGAAAAGCUGUUCUGCCAUCGUCUUUAUAGGCCUUCCACAACUAACACCCAGUACAGAGAACAUGUGAAAGAUCUUUCUAGCCUAUCAAAGGACCUCCGCCGAAUUGUUUUAGUCGAUAACAAUCCAUUCAGUUUCCUGUUACAACCGUUAAAUGGGAUACCUUGUGUUCCAUUUUCUGCAGGGCAACCUCCGGAUCAGCAGCUUUUGGACGUCCUUCUUCCUCUUCUUAGGCACUUAUCUAUCCAAAAAGACGUUAGACCUGUCCUCCAUGAAAGGUUCCACAUGCCUGAAUGGUUUCAAAAGCACGGGAUUCCAGCAUCUUUUUGGACACAGAACUAAGAUCUCACUAAACCUGUACAUGAUGGAUUAUUUCCAUCUAACUUCAUGACCUGUAUAUUACAAAUAGCUUUGUCAAGUGCCGGUAACAAAAUUUUCAAGAUUCGUUAACGCUGUCAUUUUGCUUCAUUCAUUUGUAAGAUAUGAAGCCAUUAUUUAUGUACGAGCUUUACGUCAAGUUCUCACUCUCAAAAGUCAGGCAGGCAAAGUUGUGCCUUGUACAUGUGAUUUUCACAUGUUUAAAAAAUUUAUGAUCAAAAUAAUUAUUUUCCCAACAAACUUAAGAUUUUAUUUAAUUUUGACAAAAGUACAGGACUCUAAACCCCCCGACACACCCCCACACACAAAAGAAAGAAGA